GACUUAUAGUCAAAGGGAAAGAAUCCCAGAGAUCCCUCCCUCAAGGCCGAUAAUUAGCCCUAAACGACUGCAAAGGGCAGUGUGUUGCAAUCUGAUUAGAGCCCUGCAGCUAUCAAUAAACAGCAUGCUGCAAGGGGCUGGACCCAUUAAAACAGAGGGACAGGAAGCCCUUAUAGGGCAAUAGCCAACAAACGCCACUCAGCACUUUGAGGCACCACAGAGCUUGUCACCAUAUCGUAAAGUGUUUUCUUUGAACACGAUUACACAAUGCAUCUACCGUAAUAUUUACGAUAAAAUUAUAACCAAUAUUACGCACGAUCAAGUUAGGAUGUGCCACAAUAUUAUUGAUCUGAUAAUAAAGGUGAUCACGUGAUCACACGAGCAAUACUGUGAAGCAUCACCUUUUCUCUCUGAUGUUUUUUUUUAUUUUUGGGGGGGUGCUGUUUUUCUUAUUUACAACUCACUUUGUGAAACGGGGCAUUUGGAUCAAUAACAUCUUAUUUUCAUCAGCGCUAUUGAUAUCAGGUAUAAAUUAAAACAUCAAGUGACGCAACGGAAAGAUAUGAGUUGUACAUGGUCUCGAUGACCCAUUAACGGUUUGUUGUGUUUAUUUGAAGCGGCUUCGUGGGGUAGUGGGUGGGGUGGGGGUGGAAAAAAAUGUUAAUUUCCCUUUUUUUUUUUUUCGUCCAGCCCAUGUAGUCUGUGAUUGGUUGCAUCCCACUCCACGCCUGUUUUAUAGCUCCGCUCUCCACUCGGCUAGCACAAACAUGAGGAUGUCGACACCUUGACACAGCAACUUUUUUUUUAAAACUUCUUUUACAAAGUCUUUUUUUUUUUACUCCGUCAAGAGUUCACCACGAGAGUCACCAGCACAGCUCCACGGUGUCAGUCGGACCUGUAUGGCCCCAUCGUCGGUGUCGAUGUCAGUUUUGGCCGCCGCCGCCGGUUUAAAAAGUGAAGAUCUCCCCCCACGCUCGGUGCUCGUCACGAGAGGCGACAUGCAGACCAGCCUGAGCCCCACAGAGGACGCCGGGAAGCCCAAAGUGGCCAUCCUGCCCUUCAGCGUCGAGGCUCUGAUGGCUGAUCGCAAGCCGAGCAGAGAGGCGUCUUCCCCCGACGGCCCCUCCGUGGCCGGGACGUCCCAAUCUCUGGGGAAGAGCGUUCGGAUGGGUCCGUUUGGAGGUCUGGAUACUUCCGUGCCUGCUAUCCCGAUGGGCUCCUCUUUUUCAGUGGGCGAGCUCAUGAACAUGCAAGAGGACGUGUUGAUUAAACCAGAGAGUCCAGACAGCCAAGAGCGAACUUCCUGGAUCCAGAGUCCUCGUUUUUCUCCCACACCUCCACGGAGGCUGAGUCCUCCAGCGUGUCCUCUGAGGAAACACAAGACCAACAGGAAGCCUCGGACCCCUUUCACGACAUCCCAGCUGCUGGCCUUGGAGAGAAAGUUCCGUCAGAAGCAGUACCUGUCCAUCGCCGAGCGCGCAGAGUUCUCCAGUUCCCUCAGCUUGACAGAGACCCAGGUCAAGAUCUGGUUUCAGAACAGGAGAGCCAAAGCCAAACGACUACAGGAGGCAGAACUAGAGAAACUGAAAAUGGCAGCUAAACCCAUGUUGCCUCCCGCGUUUGGGAUUUCCUUCCCUCUAAGUGCCCACGUCGCAGGGUCCUACGCGGGCUCGCACGCCUUCCAGAGGCACUCGCUGCCGGUGUCCCCCGUGGGACUAUACGCCGCCCACGUCGGAUACAGCAUGUACCACCUAACCUGAUGAUGGACUCAAGAUCGUGGACACUUUUUAAAAAAAAAAAAUCAUUAUCAUGGGGUAAGACUCCUUGUUGAAGGAGUUUUUUUUCCUUGCAGUUUUUCUUCUUUCGAGGACCCGAUGUCUGAUCUCGCCAUGAGUAAGUCCUACAAAAAGAUGUUUAAUCUUGUGCUCAUAGUGAUGCAUCAGAUUUUUUUUUUUAACAAAAGACUCGUAAUAGGACACUCAAGUAUGGACGCAAAACACAACUGUGUUGCAGUAUUGUCGGCCUGCUGCAAUAGUUUUGUGGAAGCAUUUUUUUAUUCUUUUUUUUUUCUAAACCGGAUAACAGUGUCAAUGACUUUUUGUAAAGAUGAAAAACAACAGCAUUUAAAAAGAGUUUAAAAAAAACAGCACUAGUGUCUGUUGUUGGAAUGAUUCCCUUCGCAAGGGAUACGUGUACUGUAAAAUAAUGUAUAUUUGGAAAAAUAUCCUCAUUUAUAUUAUGAAUAUAUUUGUGACAUAACUUAAUAAAUUGUUUAUUCUUUUUCA